AUGGCAGCUACCCAAUUCAAAGCAACAGACAAACCAUCUGGUCUCACCGAAUUUGUACUUUUUCUAGGCCAUGGAGUGAAGGGACUGUCCAAUAUGGGACUCAAGACCCUCCCAGAACAGUACGUGCAGCCAUUAGAAGAAAGACCAAGCAGCUUCAAGAUCGUGCCCGAUCAUCAACAAUCCAUCCCCAUAAUCGAAGUUGCUACUUGGGAAGACCCAGAAGUUGCAGAUUCGAUCUGUGAUGCUGCUGAGAAGUAUGGUUUCUUCCAAGUUGAGAACCAUGGCGUGCCUCUGCAAGUUCUGGAGAAUGUUAAGGCUGCGACUUACAGGUUCUUUGAACUGCCUGCAAAAGAGAAGAUGAAGUACUUGAAAGGGAAAUCACCCUCUAAUGAUGUUAAUGGUUCAAGCUAUAGCCCUGAAGCCGACAAAGCUCUUGAGUGGAAAGAUUAUCUUAGCCUCUUCUUUGUUUCUGAGGGGGAAGCUGCAUCAACUUGGCCUCCUGCAUGCAGGUACAUGUAUAAUAUUUUUAUACAAGGAUCUAUGACCUUGGAAUACAUGAAAAAGACUGAGAUAGUGAUCAGAAGGUUCAUGCAAGUGUUAAUGAAGAGGCUAAACGUGAAACAAAUUGAUGAAACAAAGGAAUCGUUCCUCAUGGGUUCAAAGAGGACCAACCUCAACUACUAUCCCAUUUGUCCAAAUCCACUUAUGGCAGUAGCAAUAGGUCGUCACUCUGAUAUCUCAACCCUAACUAUACUGCUACAAGAUGAAACCGGUGGCCUCUACAGCCGAGCCAAUGACGGCGAGCAGUGGAUUCGCGUGCCACCGGUGUCCAGCACCCUAGUGAUCAACAUUGGAGAUGAGAUGCAGAUAAUGAGCAAUGGAAGGUACAAGCGUGUGGAGCAUAGAGUGAAUGCAAAUGGAAGCAAGGUUAGGGUUUCAAUGCCCCUUUUUGUGAACCCUAGACCCUCAGAUGUGAUAGGACCUUGGCCUGAAGUGGUGGCAAGUGGGGAGAAAGCGUUGUAUAAGAAUGUGUUGUAUUCAGAUCAUGUGAAUUUCUUCAGGAAAGCUCAUGAUGGGAAGCAGACUGUUAAAUUUGCCAAGAGCCGACAAAAGAGCUAUACCGAUAAGAGGAGACGGCUGUUAGAGUUUGAAGUAAGGGAUCAUGUAUUUUUGAGGGUUUCUCCGGUGACAGGCAUUGGUAGAUCCAUUAAGGCAAAGAAGUUGACGCCUAGAUUUAUGGACUCGUAUGAGAUCUUGGAGCGAAUUGGACCUGCUUUGAAGAAGUACAACCCAGAUCCCUUCCAUGUUAUUGAACUUAAAGAAGUGGAAUUGGGGGAGAAUUUGACCUUUAGAUCUGAACCAGAUCGAAUUGAGGACUUUAAGGAAAAGCAACUGCGCAAUAAGACCAUCCGACUCGUGAAGGUGAUUUGGAAGGGUGCAGCCUUAGGUGAUGCCACUUGGGAGACUGAGGAGAAUAUGAGGCGAGAUUAUUCACAAUUAUUUGCUUAG